UAGCGUAACUGGUGUCAGGAAGGGACAGUACGCUAGUAAAUGGCGCUUCAGCGUCGACAGGUCAUUGUCAUUGCUUGGAGCCCACAGUUCGUAACGCAUGACGGAAGAAUCAUUAUGUUUUGUUUAUCUUCAGCCACGGGUGUGGCAUUAUGUUUGCCACCUGUCGACUACAUGUUUUUCGUGUUGAGCGCUAAUAAAUGAAAUGGUUUUGUUUGUUUGGUUAAUCUCCUAUAUAUGUAGGGUAUGGCUUGUAAACUAGAAAUCAGUACGGUAGAACUCAAAGAAUUGACCGAGUUUAGGGAGUCGAGUGAACAGUUUUACUUGGAGAAUAUAUGGAAGGUGUCCGAUGUAUCUCGAGUGCUAUGGUUCAGGCAGCAACUCAGAAGGUAGAGAAUCAGAGGGUUGAGUUAACACCAUGGGAUUUGCAUCUUCUUCUAGUCGGACCUAUCCAAAAGGGACUUCUUUUUCCCAAGCCAAAACCUUCAGGAGAGAAUGAAAUUGAUCAAAGCAACUUCAUCCACCACUUGAAAACUUCCCUCUCCAACACUUUAGACUAUUUUCCACCCCUGGCGGGUCGACUAGCGACCACUGAACAUGACGAUGACACAAUUUCCUUUUUUAUUGAUUGUAAUAAUGCUGGAGCCUUGUUUAUCCAUGCUGAAGCUGAUGGAGUAACCAUUUCUGAAUUUGUUAAACCUGUUUAUGUUCCUUCUAUUGUUCAUUCAUUUUUCCCACUUAAUGGAUUGAAGAACUACGAGGGCAUUUUCAAGCCAUUACUUGGAGUGCAGGUGACAGAGCUUGUUGAUGGUAUUUUUGUUGGUUGUACCAUAAAUCAUUCUGUGGCUGAUGGUACAUCGUUUUGGCAUUUCUUUAAUUCAUGGUCAGAAAUUUCAAGAGGUUCGAUUCACAUAUCAAAAUCCCCUGUUUUCGAAUCUUCAUUUAUUGAUGGCAUCAAUUUUCCGAUUCGGGUUCCUCAAUCUUUCGUCAAGCAAUUCCAUGAAGAAUUAAUAUUACCUCCCUUGAAAGAAAGGGUUUUCCAUUUCUCAAAGCAAAGCAUUGCAAAACUCAAAGCAAAAGCUAAUGCUGAAGUUGGCACCAACAGCAUCUCAUCUCUUCAAGCACUUCUAUCUUAUCUUUGGCGAUCUGUUAUCCUCAACAGAAAAUUAGACCCCGAUGAAGAGAUGAGUUACUAUAUAUUGAUCGGUGCGAGGGCAAGAAUGCACAAGCUGCCGGAAGAAUAUUUUGGAAAUGCAGUAAAGGUUGAAAGCAUAACUAUGAAAGCAAAGGAACUGCAGGAGCAAAGAGUUGGUGACAUCGCAAAGGAAAUGAACAGGGUGAUUGCUACACAAACUGAAGAAAAGUUCAUAAAGGACUUGGAGUCUUGGAUCGCAAGUCCUAAGCUGUUAACAAUGGACACUGUUAUGAGAAAUGUUAUGGUCACAAGUAGUUCACCUCGGUUCAACAUGUAUGGUAACGAUUUUGGAUGGGGAAGACCAAUUGCAGUAAGAAGUGGGUCAGCGAACAAAUUUGAUGGAAAGAUAACCGUGUUUUGUGGAGCAAAAGAAGGAAGUAUUGAUAUUGAAGCAUGCCUAUUGCCUGAGACAUUGGAAGCCAUGGCAAAUGAUCACGAAUUCAUGGAUACAGUCAUCCAACCCCAAUAACUUUCUUCACCAGUCACCAUGAUAAUAGAUCAGUACGAGUUUUUUCUCGCACCGAGGUGGAUGGAAAUCUUUAUUAUCAAAUGAGAGUUCUUUUAAUAUUUUUUCUUAAAUUUGGUUUUUAAGCCACGUCACUGUUUUAUCGUUGCUUCCAAUGGAAAAACUACCACGUCAGCUGAAUUUUGCUUUGUUUUUUAUUCUAGUAAUAAAUUACAUUUGCUACGAAUGAAUCUUGCGCAAAGCCUCUCCAGGGAUACCUUUGCCUUUCCCACUGACCCAUUAUUUCAAAUGAUUCUGUGUCAGCCAGAGGGUCUGUCUGAUAUAUUCUAGUCGGUCCAUCCUCAGAUGCACGCAGGGACAACCAUGGCGACCCUUAUUGCAAGCUCUCUCAUCUCCAGUGCGGAAAUAAAAAACACGAACCCUUUGUAUCUUCUCCUCCGGUAAUGAAUUUAUUUCCAUACUUCAAUUCUAA